AAACAUGGCCUGGUACACAAGGCACGGAGCUUCGACAUUUACUCUCAGCAGGUGAUAUUCAUUCCCUCAUUUAAAUUUCCUAUUAUUUCGUGAUUAUCUUCGUAAAUUUUGUCAUAGAAAAAUGUCAUAUUGUGCGUUAGACAAUCCAAAAUUGUUAAGUUCUACGUUGGUUUCUUUUUUUGGGGGGGAUCAUGGUUCGAAUUAAUCGCGCUGACAUACUCCUCCUGGUCGACAGGCGGCGCUGAUGUACACGAGCGUCUGUCAGCAUUGUUUACUUCCGGUGCUAUCGGUCGUCUGGUUUGUGGGCAUGUUUCUAAGAUUGUGAUAUCUGUAUCUCGUGUGACCAAAAUAUAACCAUCCAAAGCUGAAUAUUUCUGCUAUUGUGGAUUUUCGGAGCAUAUAUCAACAACAUGACUGAGGUAGGUUAAGAGUUUGAGGCGUUUCCGGCUGCCUUUACCGUCCCGCUUUAGCUGUUGUGUCGGGCCCCGGCUAAUUGCUGGGUUGCGUUACGUUCAGAGUACGACUUUCUGUGUGCAGUUUUACAUUAGGAGUAUCGAAAUGUUUAAAGGCUUUCUGCAUUUUUAAAUGUAAAGUUUUUUAACGUGUGUCUUUCUUUCUUCAGGACGUUCAGAAACACUCAGUCCACACUCUGGUCUUUAGGUCCCUCAAAAGGACCCAUGAUAUGUUUGUAUCCGACCACGCCAAAUCCAUCGCACUGGACGAUGAGAGGUAACUCCGGCUACAGUUUAAUACAUUUAACAGAAUAAAUGGCAGUACUGCUGGUUCGGCCUUGCCUCCAUAUAGUGGAGUAGGUUUUAGCUGCACGUUGGGUUUUAGAGUCACAUUAUUUUCCUGGAAAGAAAAAAAUGCAUUAUUGUCUAAUUUCGUUGCAGCUAUAAGGUAAAGGUCGGUGCGAAACUAAAAUCGGAUUACGGUGCAGUGUUACACAUGCCUGUCCUGAAAGAAGGAAAAGACAGACUCUCACAGCCCCUUGGCAUGCAAGGUCUUCAGGGCUAUACACAGUCAGGUAAACCCUGCAUGUUUCACUGUUUGUGUCAACACUGUAAUAUCACUGAAAUUAAGACGAAAACAGAUAUGCUAUUGUUUCGUUUGAAGGGGUAUUCUGGUGUAAAUUUAAGUUAGGGUCAGACACACUGUAACACCGAGUUAGACACCGGCCCAAGAGAUGAAUGUUGCCGACCGCUUGCUUCUCUAGUUAAACCAACUUAAGUAACGACCCCACAAUAGCAAUAUACAGAGAGCCGCUCUAUAGCCACAAAUAAUGCUCAAAACAGCACCUAACUUCAUCAACAGUACAUAUAGGGUCCUAGCCACCAAACAUCUUUUUAACUUUGCCUAAUUUCUUUCGCAAAGACACUAAACACAUCUCACCUACUCUCUUCCAGCAGCCGCUUGAUUGUAGCGAGACCUCAGGCCAGUCCAUUACAGACUGCAGCGGAGUGACGCAACUCAAGGAAGAACAUUUAUGAUUAUUUCUUCAUGGAAAUGCAAUCAGACCCAGACGCUAAGGCAGAAGAACUACCGCGUCUGCAGUGCUAAAUGGUGAUUAUUACUUCAAGGAAAUGAUAAAGAAGUGAUCAUAAAUGUUGUUCCUUGAGCUGCGUCACCCCGCAGCAGUCUGUAAUGGAUUGGCUCGAGAUCUUGCUACAAACAAGUGGCUGCUGGAAGAGAGUAGGUGAGUUGUAUUUAGUCUCUUUGCUGAAGAAAUCAGGCAAAGCUAAAAAGAUGUUUGGUGGAUAGUGCUGUGUCUAGGACCCUUUAUGUACUGUUGAUGAAGCAAGGUGCUGUUCUGAGCAUUAUUUGUGGUUAUUGAGUGGCGUUUUGGUUGAGGUUUGUUUAAGGCUCCUCAGAGCGCUGUGUAUUGCUCUUGUGCGGUUGUUACUAAAGUUGGUAUAACUAGAGAAGCAAGCAGUCGGCAACAUUUAUCUCUCGAGGAGGUGUCUAACUCAGUGUUGCGGUUUGUUUGAUCCUAAAUUGAUUUUACGCCGGAGUAUCCCUUUAAGGCUCAGGCUUCAUAAUAAAAGCAAACAACUUAAACGGUGUAAAGACAAUUGAGACAGUGAGACUCAUGUGGGAUGUCUUUCAGGGGACGAUCCAGAAUACCUAAUCACAGGGACACAUGCUUAUCCAUCUGGACCUGGUAAGUUCAGUAACACCAAAAACACCAAUGCUGUUUUUUGGUCAAGAAGACCCAGUCGCUGAGCUGCUUCUUUGUUCUACUGUAAACAUCAGUCAUUUUCUCCCAACAGGGGUGGGUCUGACUGCAGACACAAAGUUGCACAGGAACCCAAGCGAAGCAGGAGUCCAUUCCAUGGCACUUGCUUUGCCGCCCUCGCAGACCAGGUAAAGAUUUUUCAUGAUCUUCAGAAUUAGUAACUUGGUUUGAAGUAAGUUAUAGGUAGUGAAUUUGUUUUGCUUUAAAAUUAUCAGACAGGAUGCAAGUCGCACAGCAGCCAGUGUGGCUGACAUCCAUCGACAUGCAGGAGGAGCUGAAAGAUCUCACCCCCAGUCCUCAGCUGUGGUAACUCUCAGUCUAUCACCACUUUAACUCUGUGUUAUAAAAUCUCUGUGAGGAUUUCAGUUCUGAUAGUGAAUGUUAUAUUUCAGUCACUCCUGGAGGGAGGCGGCACCAGAAAUACAUCGCUAAUGAGGAAGGCACCAACCAUGCCCAAACCUCAGUGGCAUCCUCCAUGGAAACUGUUCAGGGUAUGUUCAACAUAUUCUAACUGCUCAGGACUUGACACUAACUUUUUUCACAAGGAGCACAUGUGCUUUAGGGGCUCAAUGAAAAUUGAUCAAAUAAUGCGUGUCUUGAUGGUCAACAUAAGUACUAUUAUUUGAAAUCAAUUUUAGGUCUUUUGGUCACAUGACAUGGAAGCUAUUGAAGAAAAUGUUCAAAAUUUGCCUCUUGAGAACAUCAACCGAUAAUUUAUUGAUGGUCCCUUAUUCAACGCCUGACGUUGACAGCGAGGGUGCUGAGUAGAUUUAACCACGCUGUUAUUUCUAUUCCCGGUUCUGGACAGUGAGAAGACACCAGUAGAGCUGCACAGUGAAUGUCUGUCGAAUAUCCAACCUAAAACUAACUUCUUCACGGUAUUUACAUGAAAAACCUUUGUUGCCUCGGACGAUUUUUUUUUAUGCACACAUGUGCCCCUAAAUACAUUGUACAAUUCGCAAACAUCUAUAUUUAGUCGCAAAUGCGAGUGAAAUGGUCACACUGUCGAGCCCUGUCGCGGUGCUGUAUUGAGCUUUCUUGAUGGGUCCUUAUUUUCAGACAGAUGCCUGUGUUUUAGUUUUAACCAGUGUAUUUUGUCUGAUAGGUCAUCAGUGGUCAUCUUGGUUGGGUGAGAUCCAUCGCGGUGGAGCCAGGGAAUCAGUGGUUUGUCACUGGGUCUGCUGACAGAACCAUAAAGGUGAGUAAAGCAGAAAAUAACACAAACUUUGAGGUGUUUCCUAGGCAGUGUUCACGCUGUAGGAAAAAGUGAUGCAAAUCUAAUGUAUGGGACUGGGAUCUGUAUUUGUUACGAUGAUGUGAACAGCACAAAUCACAUAAAAUCAGAUACAGAUACUUAAUUUUUUUCAACCACCUUUUGUCACAUUGUGAUAUCGCUGUAUCAGUGUGUUUUUUGCUUUCCACAAAAACAAAUGAGUGUAGAAUUACGGUGUCAGGAGGAGUGUGAGGGUUUUUGCACGGGGCAGGUUUUUCUGCAAAUUUUGUGUGUGACGAUGAGUGCUUUAUGUUUUACUGACUCACUUUUUAAACAGAAUUUCAACGUAAUAAAACUGAUUUUAUUUUAACCCCACCCUCACCUGUUAAAAAACAUCUUCUACUCUCAAUUAAUCAUCCCUCUCAUCCAUUUCAGUUUAUUGUUUUUAUGAUAACUUAAUUUAUGCCAGAGUGAUCUAUAGCAGUGUAAUCCUGAUGCCACUAAGAUGCAUUUUCAUGUGAACCUGCAAUCAAAGUCGACAUGGCUUUUGUUGUGUCCUCAUCCGCAGCUCUGAUUACUGCAUCUCUGUACCUCAGUAGACUGACUCAGUGAAGGAACUUGCUCUCUAAAUGCUCUGAUGUCUUACGGACUGUGUGUGUUUCAAUAGAUCUGGGAUCUGGCCAGUGGGAAACUGAAGCUCUCUCUCACCGGACACAUCAGCACAGUGCGUGGUGUGGCAGUCAGCAGUCGCAGCCCGUACCUGUUCUCCUGUGGAGAAGACAAGCAGGUCAAGUGUUGGGAUCUGGAGUAUAAUAAGGUAUGACUGUGUAUCUACAGGAGGGUCAAUGUGACAGAGUUACUUAAGCAUUUAAGAUACAAAUUCUGGGUUUUCUUGACAAUGUUGGUCCUUGUUUUAGGUCAUCAGACAUUACCAUGGUCACCUCAGUGCUGUGUACGAUUUAGACCUGCAUCCAACCAUUGAUGUGCUGGUGACGUGCAGCAGAGACGCCACAGCGAGGGUAAGCUUAUAAUUUUCCUGUUGGAUACUAAAAGUAUGAUUGACAGGACAGGAUCGAAUGCUAUUUUCUCACCUUUACAUACAUCCUUCACCAAUGUUAAGAAUGUAAAUAAACUGAGAUUCACAUUAAAGGACUUUCUUUUGAGUGGUGUAUAGUCUCAUCUGCCAUCUGCCUUUUCAUGGUUGGCAAGGGGUUGAUCUUUUAAUUUGCUGUACAAGAAGUGCUAAAAUUUGACUGUCAGAUGUUGUUAUCUGUAAAGUAAUAACCCCCACAGCCCUCAGGGAACAAAAAGAAAAUGACCUCAGUAAGUUUAAUGAAUAAAAUGUCCUCCAUCUUGACCCUGUUUGCAGGUGUGGGACAUCAGGACCAAAGCGAAUGUGCACACGCUCACCGGCCACACAAACACGGUGGCCACAGUGAGAUGUCAGGCUGCAGAACCUCAAAUCAUCACCGGUAAGUGAAAAACCUGUCACAUUCUGAAGAAUGCCAAAGAGAUGAUUCUGUGUCAUCAUGAAGUCUUCAAACUGUAGACGGCGUUUUGGUCUCCAAAUUCUGAUCCCAGCUGACAACUGAUGAACUUUUUUGCAGGCAGCCACGACUCGACUAUCAGACUGUGGGAUUUGAUAGCUGGAAAAACAAGAGCAACUCUGACCAACCACAAGAAGUCUGUCCGAACUAUUGUGCUGCACCCCCGACAGUAAGUUACUUCAGUCACCUAACGUUAGCGUUAAUUGUUAGUUUUGGUUUUUAUUUAUUUGUUUGUUUGUUAUAGUAGAGAAGCCAAGGCCUGAAAUGAUUCUGAAGUUGAUUGCAUUAUUAAACCAAUUUGCUGGUCUCCUCAUAUAUACAUUUGGUGUUUCUUGGUUUUGGUUCAUUUUCAGAAAUUUGAGUAUUUGUUCUUUUCUGGUCUCUGUUUCAUUUUUUUACAGUAAAAGCUUGUUUGGGCUUGUUUAACCAAUCAUGUAUCAUUUAAAAACACUCCUGUUCAAAUCUGUUAUACAGUGUGUUAAUCAUGCUGUGUGUCAUCCCCUGUGUUUGCAGAUACACCUUUGCCUCCGGUUCUGCUGAUAACAUCAAACAGUGGAUGUUCCCUGACGGCAGCUUUAUCCAAAAUCUGUCAGGCCAUAACGCCAUCAUCAACACCCUGGCUGUCAAUUCUGAUGGCGUGUUGGUGUCUGGAGGUAUAGAACUAUUUUAAAUAUGUUUUUAAGGCAGAUAUUUUUUUCAUGUGAGAGGCCACGGUGCAUCACAGUCCUCUCCACCCUCUGUGCAGCUGACAAUGGCACCAUCCACAUGUGGGAUUGGAGGACAGGCUACAACUUCCAGCGGAUUCACGCAGCCGUGCAGCCGGGGUCUCUGGACAGCGAGUCAGGAAUCUUCGCCUGCAUGUUCGACAACUCGCAAAGCAGACUGAUCACUGCAGAGGCUGACAAAACCAUCAAAGUGUACAGAGAGGACGACACAGCUGUAAGUUGAAGGGCUUUAUUUUAAGUAGACUUAAACACCUUCGCUCACAUGUCUCACAUCUUGAUGAUUUAAAGGUGUGAUCUCUGUUUCUGUGCUCUAAAUACUUGGAAUUGAGAAGUUAAAUACUUGGGAAGUUUCUAGUUUCUAUUCCUGUAUUCUCUUGCCUUUUUAGAUUAUUUUAUUAGUAUCACUCUUUGUACCACAGCAAAGUUUCUCUCUCGGUACUGACAUGGCAUGUAGUUUCCAGGCAGAAACAGAUACUUUGACGCUUCUUUUCUUUUUUUGUUUUUCAGACGGAAGAAAGCCAUCCAGUCAACUGGAAGCCAGAAAUCCUGAAGAGAAAACGAUUCUAAUUAUGGUUUUUUUUUUUGUUGUUGUUCUAAUUUUAGUUUUUCUUAUUUUUUGUUUUUUACAUUAAUUCCCCAUGCUGCGGUAAUUACCCCCAACCCUCCAGUUGUACAUACAUCCAUCCAAGUCUGGCCUUUAACUGCUGUUUCCAUCAGAGAAACUUUGCCUUGACUAACAUGUCAUUGACUGACCCACAUCCUAUUAUGAACAUCAGUUGCCGGUCUUUAUUCUAAAAACCACUUGCAGUCCUCAUUGUAUGACAUCAGUCCUAUGAAGCAGCCAUCCUGGACCGCCAGGAACUUCCCUGAGUGUCUGUUCUUGAUGAUGACGGCUCUCUGGUGGCUCUGGUCUGUCUGAUCCACAAACAUGAGCCACUCCUCGGUCACAGAUGGACUUGUCUCAGUGCAGACCUGGUUACUGCUGGACUUGAACCCUGUCCCAAAGAGAGUUAACAGUUGUAAACCAGCAUUGCUCUUUUUUCUAGUUUGCGGUAUGAAGACUAUUUUGCUUCAUUGAAUAAAGUCAUUUUUCACAUACAUGCUGUUUCUGUUCAUGGCAGAUUUUUGUGCGGACUCACCGAGGUACCUGUGGGUGACGACAUUCCUGUAGAGUUUGCUGCCGUUGCCCUUAAUCUCCUCCCAGUAACAGUGAUUUUCAGCCGUCUCACUGAGCUCCACAGUGUUUCUGGUGUCACCAUCCGAGUGGGGUACCUGCUCCACUGUGGCAUGACAACAUGUAUCACAAACUCGGGGUUCCUACACAAUUGGAAUUUCCAUACCCUAAUUUUUAGAAUUGUUUUUGGAAAUACCUACUUUUCUAUUUUAGAACCAUGUUAAUAGUCUGGAAACAUACAUAUUUUUCCAUAGUUAAUUUGUCUUUUUUUUUUUUUUGAUUUUUUUUUUUUCAAAUUGAUCAAAUUUAUUCCAUACUUUCCAUGCUUGGGUAGGAACCCUGCAAACUGAUUUUGAGGGAAGUCAAUAAAUGCAGAUACAUUUCAGGUUGAUAUUUAAAU